AUGACACAAUAUCUAUCUAAAGAAUCAUUAUUCUUAAAACUACCAACAUCAGAACCACCAAAACAAGAAAUUACCUUACAAGAUUUAUAUAAUGAACUUAAAACUGACAAUUAUCAAUAUACAUCAGUAAUCAACAAAACCUACUACAUACUCAAAUCAUCAACCAAUUUAACUCAUUCUCAAUUACUCAAAUUAUGGUCAAUUAGAUUAACAUUACACUUAUUCAAUGAUCAAUUGAAUUAUGCCAAAAAGGAAUCGAUAAAUUUGAAUAAUGCUCUAUAUUUGAAUGAAAAUUCCAACAUCUCUCCAUCAAACACCCCACCACCACCUCCAAAUAGAGGAACGGGACAACCUGGAUUAGCUCCCGUCUAUCCCUUACCUAGAAAUAAUCAAAAUUUAUUAGAUCAUAAUUUGGUUAUAUUAUUACUUCGAUUAAAAUCAAUCCCCAAUUUGAAUCUAAUUAAUGAAUUAUAUAAAUUGAAUUAUCAAUUACGAUUAAGACCUCAACAAGUCAAACAAGAAGAUCUAAGAUCAAGAUUGAUUAAUUUGAGUUAUGACACCAUUGUGAUUUUGUUCAUUACGAAUAAUUUGCAGACAUUAAGAAGUUUUUUGUUGAAUCUUUAUCAAGAAUUGAAAUUGAAUGGGGAAGUGUCGUCGUUGGUGUAUCUGCAAUAUCUUUCGAAUAUUACUUUGGUGUUGAUUAUUGUGGAGACGGUGAUAUUUGUGAAUCUUAAAGAGACGAAUAUUGUGAACAAAGUGAUUCAGGAGAAAUAUGGGGAGGUGUUUAUGAAUCAAGUGAAUCAAGAAUCUAAAUUAUCAUUAGUGUAUACAGUUAGAUCAAUUGCGCCGAUUCGAAACGAAUCAUUAGAUUCUGAUUUCGUGAUUGGGAAUAAUCCAGAUUUGGGUGAGAUUAUUAAAUUGGUUCAAGAUGGGAGAAUAUCUGGAAGAAUCAUUUGUUCAAUGUUGGGGAUUUGGGAUUUAUUAAAUAAUUUCCCCCAGUUUAAAUUAGUUCAAAUUGAAGAUGAGAUUCAAUUGACGAAUGAGAGAGAUAAACCAAGUCAAGAAGAGGCUAAUGAUGAUGGCGGUUGGUUAGAUUUGGCAUAUCAGGAAUUGAAUGGGAAUUGGUAUAAGUAUAUACAUAAAGUGUAUGGUUUAGAAUAA